GAAAUCUGUAUCUAAAUCUUUCCAAUACUUUCACCAGGGAUCUGUCCCUUAGUGUAAUACAGGAACGAUACGGCCAUAUUCGAAAUAUAAAAGGAAUCAAAAAACUAGCAGUGAGUAACACAAUAUCUAAUGAUUGCGUCAGCAACCCUGAAAAAAAUUCUUGUAACGGUCAAACACGUUUGAAUACAUACACGAACGAACCGUGAUUAUUUCUGUAUACAUUCUCACUCAUAUGUAGAUAUUUAAGCAAAGAAAUUGUAUAUGUAGAAUGGAAAAGCCAGCCAUGAAUGCAUGAACUAAUAGAAAGAGACAGAGAACAAGACAUCCCUCAAUAGUCUCAAUGCAAGGCUGCGUUCAGAUUCCCCACCAGGGUGCACCCAGACAUCAUUCUAUCCUUGUUUAACAUUUGGUAAACAACAAAGAUAAAACAUCAUGGUGCACCCGGGUGAGGAAUCUGAACGCAGCCCAAGAGAAAGAAAUACUUCCCCACUUAGCUACAUUCAGCUCAAUGCGCGCCCACCAUUACACAAGGAUAAAGAUAACGGCGUUUUAGGAACGGGUGCCAAAUUAAUGGAGAAAAAUCCAUUUCGUGAAUUAGUGAUCAGACAUCAGAUGAAGUGGGCAGCCGAUUUUACGGAAAAGCGGCAAUUUUAUUGGUUACACGUUUCUCGAACCGAGAUCUCGGGCCGAGUUCUAGCAUCGUGGACACAAGGCUUAAUACAUAGCAUAUACGAAAUACGAAACUGCCUAUCUGCGCAAUGUGAUUGAGGAAACUAUUAUGGAAAUUAUUAGCGGUUAUU